AUGGCUUCUCCUUCUACCAAACAGCACCAUUCACCCCCACAACAACAAAAAGAAGCUCGACUGCUAGGCAGCCAAGACCUUUUAACUUAUUACAACCUUAUACCCAUCUACGACAAAUAUGUCAGACCAUACCCACCACCCGAUCGAGGUGCUUCUCUUGAUCAAACGCUUCAACCUUAUACUGCCGACUUGCCUGGCAAAACCACUGUUGAACCUGAUGGCUUUUUAUUCAAUCUCUUACGCGAUCCUCAAGUGCCAGAAAAUGGUCCUCCCAUCAAACCAUUCGAUGCUGAUGUGCUACGUGAAGCCUACUCAUUGAAGCCCGGUCCUAUUCCUGGUUUUGAUGCAUCUAUUCUUGGUACCAAUGAUGGAUCCUCUUCAGGAGCAAAUACAGGUCAAUAUCUAAGUGCGGCGGAUAAGGAUGUCUAUGGAACAUCAGCAGGCGAGGGCGAUACAAGUGGAGAGAAGAAGCACAAGAAAAAGAAAAAGAAACGAAAACAUAGUCAUGAACAUGAAGAUGAUGGCCAUUCACACAGCGAGCACAAAAAGAAAAAGAAACGUAAAAAACAAUCAUCCGGUGAUCAGCAAGAGCAAGCUCAUCCAAUGUAA